GGUAAGUGAUCCAAUUGCGAUGGAAUCUCCAUGCCCAAGGUGACCGUCAGAAUCCUACGUAAGAUGGUGGUUACCGUGCCAUUUGAGCGGCAUGGCGCGCUGCGUACGUCAAGACUGCAAGUGGGUGAAGACAUCCACCCGAGAACAGACGAUCCCCCGGAGUACAAUGACGGAGGGUGGGCUCGAAUACAAUCCAUCAUCUGC